CUACAUGAUGCAGUGUCAUGGUCAACAGUUACAUGACAAGGUGCAUUUCCUGUAGACAGUAGUGCUACACUACAGUACAGGGGAUACUAGUGAACUGUUUCUCCUCAUCACACAGCAGUCUCCCCUGACAGCUUAGAGAAGGACACUGCGUAAAUUCUGCUGCUGCUUCACUUCAGUCACACGAGUUGCUAGCUGGUUCAGUGAGAGGAAGGAGAGGAAGUAGUUGUAGCUACCUGUUGCAGUUACCCACUAGUUUUGGUAGGGUUGUCAGUCAUACUGGUCUGGGUCAAGUCUAGUGUAGGUGUAUUGUGUACCUGUCAGUUCCAUUACAUCCUAAUGCUAUAAGAGAUGAGCUGAAUUUAACUGGCUGAGACAUCACACUGACUGGAUCAGGCAUACAGCUUUCUCCUUGGAGGUGGACAAAGUUGGGCAACCCCAAUGCACGCCAGUAUGCUUAGGUGCAUCCCGUUCACCACUCGGCGGCAGUCCCCGCAGGAUAUCAUCCUUGACCGAUCAUACCAGCGCUGGAGGACAGCUCAGAGCAUAGAUUCCACUGGCAGUUGUGUCGCGAUGGCGGCCAGUCAGGUGGAGUGCCAUCCUAGCCCGGGGCCUGUGCAUAACUGCAUUCCAAUGCUCUCUUCUUCCUGGGGGGAGUCGGAAGGUGAAAAGGCCGAGGAUGAAGAUGACGACUGCUGUACAUCAGGAUUCGUGUCUGAGAAUGAGCAAGACAGCCAUACAAAUGUUUCUCCGAAAGUGUCAUUCCGCAACCAUCAGUCCUCAAUCACAUCAGAAGGUAGCAGCAUAUCCGACAACGAGAACCUGUUCAAAAGAAUCGAGCCGUGCCCGUCCGACCUUACCCACCGCCCACCGGACAUGAAGGGAAGUCUUCGCUUCUUCUCUCCCCCUGCUGCUCGCCGCUGCAUGUCCAGGAGAGACAGCGGUGGAAGUCUACCCUCCACUCCCUACAGGUCGCGUAAAGCAAUAACAUCCCCGCUCAUGUCGAAGAAACGUUUUAGCAGUGACACGUCCACCGAAGAAAGUCCCCGACACAGUAUCUCAUCGUCGGGAAGAGAGCGCAUGGACUCGACGUCCUCCGAAUCAUCUUCUUUCAGCGCUAGAGGCCCGAAUGGAUUCAGCCGCAGGGCAAUUGGGUCAAAAGUCAAAAUUGCAUCACGACGUCCAACCAUGCGAGCAAUUCAAUCUUCUGAUGAGGGGCAAACAAGUAACACUUUCUUGAAGAGGAACAGCCUGCGACCGGAAAGCGUUUCCUCCCCAGACUACAUGGGACAAGAGUCGUUAAAUGGCCCUACAUCGCCGAAUCACCGUCGUCGACCAGAGGACGAUGAGUCGCAGCGUUACUCAAGAAUUCAGGUGCUGGAGGUCGUCUUCGUUCUACCGAAAAGAAAUACGGUCUUGCUCAACUGUCCAGGCAACAAGACGGUGGGACAAAUCAAGGACAUGUUGUGGAAUGAGAUGAGUGAGAGUGGAAUCAUGGAGACCUAUCCAGAGCUGAUGAACCAUGACGACUAUAGUCUUAAGUACAAGAAGUUUGGAAUGGACUACGAGCUGUACGACCAGGAGCAACUCUUUCAAACCCUGUCCAUUGUCAGCUACUGGCAAACAAAGCGGAAGGCCCAGCCUGAGCUGCGCGUCGAGCUGAAGAAGACCGACAGUGAAAAGGCACGUGAAUUUCAGGAGCUGAUCAACAGUCUAGUUGGCAUGGAUAUGGAACAGCUGAUUUCGAGUAGCAACAACGACGAAGCUGACAUCACUCGCCGGAAAUUAGUCAGUGCUCGCCACGCCGCAGUCAGUUCUCGUGACAGUGAGCUGUACGCCAUGGAACCUGCUCUGACACACAGCGAAGUACCAGAGCCAGUCAGGAAAAUGUGUGCCAUGUGGAUUGAGAUCAAUGUUCAGUUUGAGGACCAGAAGGACUUGAGGCAGGUCAUACUGUUUCAAGUAUCCGAGACCCCGCUGGACCUGCUCCAGUUUCUGUUCAACCCGGACAGUGGCAAGCGCUCUCUGCUAGGCAUACCUGACUCUGCGGAUCGCUCGCUGUACACAUUGAAAGUGUGCGGCCAAGAUUCGUAUCUCUACCGAACUCAUACGUUUCUGAAGUACACUUACAUCCGUCGUUGCUUACUCAAGAAGGCACCCAUCCACCUUGCGGUUGUCAAGAAACCCGAUGUAAAGGAGGACUUGGUGCAGAACCAUGGAGAGCCGGAUUUCAUUGACGACUGCUGCAACCUGACUGGCAGUCACCAGCAGCUGUCGGCACUGACCAAGAUGCAUUCUGAAGUGUUCACUAUGUCUCUAUGGGACAUACAGACACCAUACAGGGUGAAAGUAGUCGGCGUGGACGGCAUCAAGGACAAAGGAAACUGUUCGUGUCUGUACGUGGAGGCGGGUAUCUAUCAUGGCGGAAAUCUGUUGUGCCCAGCCAAAGGUUUGUCAGUUCAAGCACCCACCGAUGAGCACCUGCUGAUCAAUCAAAUGUUCAACUUCGACAUUGCAGUCUGCAACUUGCCCAAGGCGGCACGGAUGCACAUUGCAGUGUACGCGAACAAGGCGAGCAAGAUUUCUCGACGCGGCAGUCAGUAUCUGAUGGGCUCUCAGAAGUCAACCAAUACCCUCAGCACACCGGGUUCGCCGAGCAGCGCCACCUCGCCGGGCACGAAACGGAAACUGUUUGGACUGUUUCCAUCUCCCAGGACGCUGCGCCGGCAAUCUGAAGAUGUAAUCAUCAGUGACCCCGUACCGACCGACACUGAUCAAUUGACCAUGGACGGUCAGGAUGUGGAUAUGGAUACUAAGCCCGACAAUGUUGAACCACUCUACUGGGUCAACGUACAGUUACUUGAUCACAGAGCUGUGCUGCGCACUGGCUAUCACCAGAUCGCCCUGUGGCACGUGGACGUGAAGAGUGACAACGAACGCGACACCAGCAAAUUCUCACCGAAUAGCUGCACAAGCGAACACCCCGAUCGCACGCAGACUGCCACCUGCUUCAUGAUCAUGGACACGUAUGCCCAUCGUGUGGCUUGCCCCACCGCUGGCUUGGGACAGUUGCAGAAGGAUCCAUCGAAUAGUGACCUGAAGGGAGAUAGUGCCGAAGAAGUGAGGAGUCCAAGCAAGAAGUUCCUCAGGCAGAGCUUGGAUGAUGCCAUUAGCUGCUCCGACCCCCUCAAACCGCUGACGAAGGAAGACAAGGACCUGUUGUGGAACUGCCGGGAUAUUUGCAAGAAGCGCCCAGAGGCUUUGCCAAGAUUCCUGCUGUCCCUCAACUGGGCCGACAAAGGUCAUGUCCUGGAGAUGCACAGGUUACUGCGAAGCUGGGAAAAGCCGACCAUCGAGGUUGCACUGCAGCUGCUUGAUUACCAUUUUGCCGACGAGUCUGUGCGCUGUCUUGCCGUGUCGCGUCUGGAGAAACUGGAGAAGGAUGAGCUACUGACAUUCCUGCUGCAGCUUGUACAGACGUUGAAGUUUGAGCCAUACCAUGACAGUGCACUGGCGUAUUUCCUGCUGGAACGAGCCCUGCAGAGCAAGCGCAUUGGCCACAACUUCUACUGGUUCCUGCGUGCAGAAAUGGAUGCUCCGGAGUAUCGUGAGCGAUUCGGCCUGCUUCUGGAGGCCUACUUGAGAGGCUGUGGCAAGCAGAUGCUGGGGAUGAUCCAUCGCCAGCAGGAAGUCAACCAGUUCCUCAAGAUGGCCGCUGCGCAGGUUAAGGAUGAGAAGCUCGAAGCUCGCGCCGGUGCAUUGCAAAAACUCAUUGAGUCGUCGGAUGUCAUGAAGGGCGAACUGAGACCUGUGUAUGACUCCAGUGUGACCAUUGGUGACCUCGUUGUCAAGAAAUGCAAGUGCAUGGACUCCAAGAAGGUGCCGUUGUGGCUGGAGUUUGCCAACAAGGAUCCGACCACAGUCAUACCAGCACCAGUCAAGGUGAUCUUCAAGCAGGGUGAUGACCUCAGGCAGGACAUGCUUACACUGCAGAUGAUCAAGCUGAUGGACAAGUUGUGGCAAGACAACGGACUGGACUUGAUGAUGUUACCGUAUGGUUGCAUGUCAACUGGCAAUGAGGUUGGCAUGAUUGAAGUGGUGCUGGAGGCAGAGACAGUAGCCAGUAUUCAGAGAAAGCGCGGUGGUGACAUCAUCUCUAAUGCCAGGGCAUCAUUUGCUGACGAGACGCUGUCAAACUGGCUCAAGGAGAAGCAGUCCAGUCAUGCUGAACACGUCCAGGCAGUCCGGCGGUUUGCAGCAUCCUGUGCGGGUUACUGUGUUGCCACGUAUGUACUGGGCAUUGGAGACCGACACAACGACAACAUCAUGAUCACCAAGUCGGGCAACCUGUUCCAUAUCGACUUUGGCCACUUCCUGGGGAAUACCAAGAAGUUCCUGAAAGGACUGGUGAACCGUGAGCGAGCGCCAUUCGUGUUGACACCAGACUUCGUACACAUCAUGGGAAAGAAGGACAGCGCCAAUUUCCGCCACUUCCUUGAAGAUGCCUGCAAGGCGUACAACAUCAUUCGCAAGCAUGCUCACCUGUUCAUCAACCUAUUCUCCAUGAUGAAGUGUACCGGUAUACCAGAGUUGACCUGCAUCGAGGACAUUGACUACCUGCGCAAUGUGCUACUCUUGGACAAGACUGACGAGGAGGCAGAGCAGCACUUCACCAAGCAGGUGGUCCGGUGUCUGGAGCUUUCCUGGACGGUGCGCUGCAACUUUGUUGCCCACAACGUCAAGCAUAGAUAAGCCACUACAGAUGGCCACCAGCAGCAGUGUGGGAGUGCCAAAGACCAACACGCACUGGCUGGUUGAGGACAUGCUUGUAACUGCCUUCCCAGAGCUCUCGUGUUGCUGCAAGCCUCACCGCAAGGAAUCACCGGCUGUACUCCAACACGAUGACAGGAUUGCCGUGACAACAGUUACAGUGCAUAGCUAGCUGAUUGCGUCUGAAAGAUUGUCAACUUACUUGUCAACUAUACAUAUAUUUCAACACGUACACCGCAUUUUCUAAUGUUGCCGUACACGCACGCACCUUGAGAUUACGAGUUGAUCGAAUCGCACAACACAAUGGCCACAGUGUAAAUUUAAGCGCACGGCCCCAGCUAGCCAGACCUCUCUUUACAAACAGGACACGAUAGAACUUUGCAGAGUGCACAACCUUGCCUAGUGAUAAACACGUACACACACGUGCACACACGCACACAUUUAAAACUGACACUCACUAUAGAGGACCUGAUCUCACAUCUUUCCAUUCCGAUUACUCAUUCUAGACAUUAGAAACCACCGCAAUAAAGACAACAGACAUGCUUCUUUUCCCAUUGGUUGCAGCAUAUCAUCAACUAUUUUCCCUUAUACAAUCUAUCACUAAUAUAAUGCCAGCGACAAUUAGCAACAACAAAUCACGUUCGUCCUCUUUGACCGGAGUUGUUAUCUAUUUUUUACUCAUUUUUCCGGGUUUUCUUAUGCUGAAGUUACCGGUAAUUGUUUAUUCAAGACAUCUCACCCCUUUAUUCAAGGCACUCUCUGUCUUGACUUGAGCAUCCCGUACAUCCUGUAACAUCUUGUAACAUCCCUCUCUCUCAUGCAAUAAUUUCGAUUUAGCAAUAGGACAUGCCAGGAAUAGAUACUUUGCUGAACACAUUCGUACAGGUCUUCACUUUCGUCCAUUUAUUUGUCAAGUUACAUGAUACAACUGCUCUCUACGGGCAAGUCGGUUUCUAUUUGA